AUGGUCGAUUGGGCGGGCGAUCUGUUCGCCGCCGACUCGAGCGGAGCCGCCGUGUGGGAAGGGCAAUCCAGAGUUUGCCUCAUCCACGAAGGAAGGGCACGAAGGAAGAGACCAAGAAUGGCGGCAUCGCGCAGAGGCCAGUCGCUGGGCCAGUCGCUGGGCCAGUCGCUGGGCUGGUGGACAUUGGGUUUGACAAGCGGGCGAAUGUGGCGUCGGGCGGUGUGUUUAGUUCGAGACAUGGCGGAGACACCAAAGAUCGCGGGCUUGGGCUGUCCCGCGAGAUCCAAAUCUUGGAACGAUCCAUGGAUACGAGUCGUCGAUGAUCAUAUAUCUGUCUCGAUGGAUGCACAGCGGAUGUCUGGAUGUAUGGAGGGAUCUCCCCAUCUAUCUCUCUAUCUUGCUCCGUGCCGACGUGGCAGCGCAGGGAGGGAAAGGCAAAACACAUCGACCUGGCCGUGA